AUGGAAGACAAACAACAAAUAUAUCUAAGUGCAAUAGGUAUCAAUUGCAAUGAUAAAGAGGCUCUAUACCAACUUGCAAUGACACUUGAUAAUAAUCAAAAAUCAAUAGUGCUUCCAUCAGGUGAAUCAAUGAUUAAAGAACAUCUCUUAUUGAAAGUCAUCGAUAUCGAUCCAAUUUAUGCGAUGGCUUACUUCAAGCUGGCUGUAAUUCUUAUAAAUGGGAAGCGUUCAUCUAUUAAUCUUCUAUCGGGUCAAUCAUUUACGAAACAACAAUUGUUAUUGAAAGCAAUUGAAUGUGAUCCGUCGUUUGCCAGUUCAUACAAUAACCUUGCAACUACACUUUCCAAUGGUGAAACGAUCACACUUAAUAAUGGACAAAUAAUGACAGAACAACAACUAUAUUUGAAAUCAAUAGAUUGUGAUCCAACCAAUCCCAAUUCAUAUAAUAACCUUGGGCAAACUCUUUCCAGAGGAGAAUCAAUCACACUUAAUAAUGGUCAAUCAAUGACAAAACAACAACUAUACUUGAAAGCAAUAGAGGGUAAUCCAACCAGUUCAUCUACAUAUUAUCAUAAUCUAGGCUUUACGCUUGUCGAUGGUGGAUCAAUCACACUUAAUAAUGGUCAAUCAAUGACAAAACAACAACUCUACUUAAAAGCAUUAGAAAUAAGUCCAAACAAUCACUUACUCUAUGAAUAUCUUGCAUCAACACUUCUGGGAGAUGAAAGUGUUACACUUCCAAAUGGACAAUCAAUGAACAAAAAACAACUCAAUCUAAAGACAAUAUCACUCGAUCCAACACACUAUAACUCAUACAACAAUAUUGCAAAUAUGCUAAAGUAUACCGAAUCUGUUAUUUUCCCAUCAGGUGAAUCAUUGACACAGAAACAAAUAUACGCCAAGAUGAUUCAAAUCAAACCACAUUACUUUAUUGGCUAUUAUAAUUUGGCAUUGUGUAUGACGACAAAAGAAACAUUUACACUCCACAAUAAUACGAAAAUGACAAGACAACAACUUUUCUGGGAAGCAAACAGAUUAGAUCAAACAAAAAUAAAGAUUUUCAGAGACAUUGGAUUAACUCUAUUGAACAACAAACAAAAAAUUACUAUGCCAAAUGGUGAACAAAUGUCAAGAAGACAACUACUUCGAUUUGCAAGAGAAAGAUUUUAA